GCGCAGUAAGUAGGGUUGGGGAAUUCAUGUGGAGGUCAGAGUUGUGUCUGGUCUGAGAGGCAGAAGGCCAAGACCAUCUGAAGAAGACAUGGCUGCUAAACUGUUUGAAUCUGUUGGCAAGUUUGGCCUGGGCUUAGCUGUUGUAGGAGGAGUUGUCAACUCUGCCUUAUAUAAUGUGGAUGCUGGCCACAGAGCUGUCAUCUUUGAUAGGUUCCGUGGAGUCCAAGACAUUGUUGUAGGGGAAGGGACUCAUUUUCUCAUCCCGUGGGUACAGAAACCAAUUAUUUUUGACUGCCGUUCCCGGCCACGGAAUGUCCCAGUAAUCACCGGUAGUAAGGAUUUACAGAAUGUCAAUAUCACUCUUCGUAUUCUCUUCCGACCUGUUGCCAAUCAGCUGCCCCGAAUCUUUACCAGCAUUGGUGAGGACUACGACGAGCGGGUGUUGCCGUCCAUAACCACUGAGAUCCUCAAGUCAGUGGUAGCUCGAUUUGAUGCUGGAGAAUUGAUCACCCAGAGAGAACUAGUCUCCAGGCAAGUAAGUGAUGACCUCACAGAGCGAGCAGCAACCUUUGGGCUCAUCCUGGAUGAUGUUUCUUUGACACAUCUGACCUUUGGGAAGGAGUUCACGGAGGCAGUAGAAGCCAAACAGGUGGCUCAGCAGGAAGCAGAGAGGGCCAGAUUUGUAGUGGAAAAGGCUGAGCAACAGAAGAAAGCAGCCAUCAUCUCAGCAGAGGGUGACUCCAAAGCGGCCGAGCUGAUUGCCAAUUCACUGGCCACCGCAGGAGAUGGCCUAAUAGAGCUUCGUAAGCUGGAAGCCGCAGAGGACAUCGCAUUCCAGCUUUCCCGCUCUCGGAACAUCACCUACCUGCCCGCUGGACAGUCGGUGCUCCUCCAGCUUCCCCAGUGAGGCCUGCGGCACCACCGAUCCUACCCCACUCAGCCAUGAUCCAAUCCAUAGCCUUUUCCCUAUCCCCCCACCCAGAAUCACUGUGAGAUUUAAUGAUUUGGCUUAAACAAAGGAAAUAAAAUUAAAGACAUUUUGGGAUCUUGAA